AUGGCUGAAACGCACACUCCGUAUUCUUCCUUGAAGAAACUAUUAUUUUUCCUCAAUGGCCUCGUGGCUAUGUCUGGCGUGCUCCUCCUUGGCCUUGGCACCUGGGUCAAUGGAGGGGCCAACCUGACCAGGGUCCUUGGGCUGUCCUCCACAUACCUUCUUCAUAUUGGCUACCUGUGUUUGGCAAUGGGGUGUAUCACAGUGCUGCUAGGCUUUGCUGGGUGGUAUGGAGCUACUAAAGAAAACAGAGGCAUUCUCUUCUUUUGUUUCCUGUCGCUGGUUCUCAUCGUCCUCGUGGAAAUCACAGUCGCCACAGUGAUCUUUGUUUUCUUCCCAAUUGUUCAAGAGCUGGCCUUCGAGCACAUCCUUACGACCCUGAGGAAGAAUUACAAGGGUUACAACGAGCCGGAUGACUAUUCCGCGGGAUGGAACUCUGCCAUGGCAAAGCUAAGGUGCUGUGGGGUGAAUAACUACACAGAUUUUUCUGGCUCCCUCUUUGAAAUAACGACUGGCCACCCCUACCCCCGGAGCUGCUGUAAAUCCAUUGGGACCACAGCCUGUGACGUGCGCAACGUGUCCAGAGAUGUCAUCUACCAGGAGGGCUGUUUCCUCAAGCUCAUGAGAAUAACCAAGAUUCAGAGUUUCACCCUGAGUGGGGGCUCACUGGGGGCAGUGGUGAUACAGCUGCCAGGAACUCUUGCCACCUUGCUGCUGUUUGUCAAGCUGGGCUGA